AUGGAUUUGGACCAGUGGAUCUCGAAGGUUAAAGAUGGCCAACACCUUCUCGAAGACGAACUUCAACUUCUCUGCGAAUACGUUAAAGAGAUUCUUAUUGAGGAGUCCAAUGUGCAACCUGUCAAUAGUCCAGUAACUGUUUGUGGUGACAUUCAUGGUCAGUUUCAUGAUCUAAUGAAACUUUUCCAGACCGGUGGUCAUGUUCCCGAGACAAAUUACAUUUUUAUGGGGGAUUUUGUUGAUCGGGGUUACAAUAGUCUUGAAGUAUUCACCAUCCUUUUGCUUCUAAAAGCUAGAUACCCAGCUAAUAUUACCCUUCUACGUGGAAAUCAUGAAAGUAGACAACUCACCCAGGUCUAUGGAUUUUAUGACGAAUGCCAGAGAAAGUAUGGAAAUGCUAAUGCUUGGCGAUACUGUACCGAUGUCUUCGACUAUCUUACACUUUCUGCAAUUAUAGAUGGAACUGUGCUUUGUGUUCACGGCGGCCUUUCUCCAGACAUCCGAACAAUUGACCAGAUAAGAGUCAUUGAGCGGAACUGUGAAAUUCCUCAUGAGGGGCCAUUUUGUGAUCUAAUGUGGAGUGAUCCUGAGGAUAUUGAAACAUGGGCAGUCAGUCCGCGUGGAGCUGGUUGGCUUUUCGGAUCUAGGGUUACAUCUGAGUUCAAUCACAUAAACAACCUUGAUCUUGUUUGUCGAGCACAUCAACUUGUACAAGAAGGCCUUAAAUACAUGUUCCAAGAUAAAGGCCUUGUAACUGUAUGGUCUGCACCUAAUUACUGUUACCGUUGUGGAAAUGUAGCUUCUAUUCUUAGUUUCAAUGAAAAUAUGGAGAGAGAAGUUAAGUUUUUCACUGAAACAGAGGAGAACAAUCAGAUGAGAGGGCCAAGGACAGGUGUUCCGUAUUUCUUAUAA